AUUCUUUGUGUGGCAGCGUAGAGAAGCGCCAAAAGAGUGACCAUGGCAGAUGAAAAACCAAAGGAAUCAGUGAAGACAGAAAACAAUGAACACAUAAACCUGAAGGUAGCAGGUCAGGAUGGAUCUGUAGUACAGUUCAAGAUCAAAAGACACACGCCGCUCAUCAAACUCAUGAAGGCCUACUGCGAGAGACAGGGACUGUCGAUGAGGCAAAUAAGGUUCAGAUUUGAUGGACAGCCAAUAAAUGAGACAGACACACCAUCACAGUUGGAAAUGGAAGACGAAGAUACAAUUGAUGUGUUUCAGCAACAGACGGGAGGCCUGAUUUAAUCAACCACAUGCAUCACCACUUUCCUCCUCGACACAACCAACCUUCUCGACCUGUGACACACAGCGACUGCUUCUUUGCAACUUGUCCUUUUGUCUCAACAGAAUUCCAUGCAGAUGAAAUGGUAAUUUCUCUGCUACACAUAACUGCUGUAUAGUAUUUUCAUUCUUUCCCUUGUUACUUUUCUGUUUUUGUACAUAAACCACAUCCAGAUCACUUUAUGUUCAGGUUUUGUUUAUUCAUGCUAUAUUGUAGUAAAUGUUAAGGACUGCCCUUCCCAGUUUGAGGGGCUUGUUUAAGGUUGUGGACAAAUAGGACUGGUGAUGGAGUAAGAAUAAAUAAAACUGACUUUAUUGAUCAAAUGUUGUUGGCCUGGGCUUGUUCAGAGUCCAGCGAGUGUACUAUUUUGGGACAGGCUAUUAGUGAACAGUAUAACCAGUUUGGGAAUUGCAAAUGUCUUCUGGUUUUGGAUCUUCUGAAAAAAAAUUGAUUUUAUACAUUUUUAUAUACUAGUGAAUGUGUAGAGAAAUGUUUUGAUCAAACAUUUAACUAGGCCAAGCUUCAAAUUUUGGGAAGCCUGAAUAGAUGUUUCACUCCGAUAAACAUCUGUAUUGUCUAUUAAGAUGCCUGUUAAAAUAAAGCUAUUGUCUUUUUCCAAACUUUCCAAACUGAUUUUUGUCUCACUGUCCAGUGUGACUGUUUUGCCUUUUUCUUUAGCAGAAAUAAUAUGAAUCAGAUGUGUUUGACUAUGGCAUAUACAAUAGCAUAAAUCAGGAUUGUCAUUUUGCUGCCUAUUUAUUUGUUAAAGUCCCACUCCACUCAAAUAUGUUUUUUUCUUGUGCCUACAGUUGAAUAUUGGAGCUUUAGUGUGCAGAAUGAUAAGGGAGAAGUGUGGAUGCCAUUAAAAAUGCCCUCCAGACAUGUAUUUAAAAACACUGCUUGGAUCAGCCAUGUGUGUCUGAUCUG